AUGGCAGACACCAAAGAACGGCUCGGCCUCGAUGAAGUCGAGAGUGUAAACCCGAAUCCUGAGACAUAUGCCGCGAUUAUGGCUGCGAAUAAACCUGAUGUGAAGGGGCCUGGAUACAUCAAACUUUAUCUUCUCGCUUCAACCAUAUUUUUAUGCUCUACAAUGACAGGUUACGACGGUUCAUUAAUGGGCUCCAUCAAUGCCCUGCCGAGCUAUACUUCCUACUUUGAGCUGCCAGACACUGGGAAUGCCAGCACUGGUAUUGUGUUUUCCAUUUUCCAAGUUGGCCAAAUGUCAGGGGCAUUGUUCAUCUGGAUGUCAGAUUGGUAUGGCAGAACAUGGCACAUCUUCUUUGGCUGUCUCGGCGUCUGCAUAGGUACAAUAGUGACAUCUCUAUCGACAAGCCUUCCAAUGUUGAUUGGCGGUCGAUUUUUGCUCUCGUUUUUUGCUACCUGGGCCACUUCCUCGGCGCCACUGUAUCUGGUCGAAAUCACACCAGCCGCUUAUCGAGGCACUAUCGCGGGACUGUACAACACGUUUUACUAUGUGGGCUCUGUACUUGCUACAUCAGCUGUAUACGCGUGCCAUAAGCACGUUGGUGGCAGCGGGAACCUGGAUUGGAGAGUUCCUCUCUGGCUACAGAUGGUUUGUCCAGGGAUCGUUGUCAUACUCAUCAAAUUCUUCCCCGAGUCUCCGCGCUGGCUAGUCGCCAAGGAUCGACACGAGGAGGCCAGAAAAGUCAUCUCGACGUAUCACACCAACGGUCAAGAUGAUCAUCCCUUAGUUGCACUGCAGAUGAAGGAGAUGAGUGACUCGCUGGAAGGUGAAUGCCUGACCUGGAGAGAAUUCUUCGACCUCCGCAUACUCUUCAACUCACGAGCAAGACGGUACCGUAUGAUGCUCAAUAUGACGUUUUCGUGGUUUGGACAAUUCAGCGGUAACAACAUCGUAUCGUAUUACCUGCCAAUCAUGCUCAAGGGUAUCGGCGUGACCAACACAGACACGCAGCUUAUCCUCAACAUUGUUUACGCCCUCGUUGGCUGGAUAUUUGCAACCGCCGGAUCGCGCCUGCACGACAUCGUGGGCCGCCGAAAGAUGCUCAUCUCCACCACUUGUAUCAUGGCUGUAUGUCUGGCUAUUGUAGCCGGCAGCGCGGCAGGUUACACAGAAUAUGGAAAUCAGACCGCCUCCACUGUCAGCAUCGUCUUUAUCUUCCUUUUUGGAGCAGUUUUCGCAACUGGGUAUACUCCGAUGCAGCCCAUCUACCCCGCGGAAGUUGUGAGCAAUGUUAUGCGGGCAAAGGCCAUGGGGGUGUUCAAGAUAACCUCUGGCGCUGCUGGGUUUGUCAACACCUUUGCCGGACCAAUUGCUCUAUCUCAUAUUCAAUACUGGUUCUAUGUGUUCUUCGUCGGAUGGGAUGCAUUAGAGGCGGCAUUUAUAUACUUUUUCUUUGUAGAGACAAAAGGUGUAACUCUGGAAGAGCUUGAUGCCAUUUUUGAAGCCAAAAACCCUCGCAAGGCCAGCGUGGAGGUGAAGAAGCUGCAGAGCAGGAUUGCCAAAGUUGUCAAGGAUGAUAUGGCAAGUGGCAAGGCGUAG